GAAGCAGCAAGUCGCAGCUACCGUCUAUCGCAUUUUUUCAAAGGCUUAAAAAUAACAUUGAAGUGAGUUAAAAUGCCUUGUGGCAAAAACUUUAGGAGGAGAAAGGACUCGUCAGAUGUGGAGGAGGAUGAGACGACCGAAGAAGUUAGAUCUAAAGUAGAAGAAGCUAAAGAGCUGCAGAGUUUGAGGAGACGACAGAACGGAGUCAGUGUGACUGCCCUAUUAGUCGGAGAGAAACUGCCACCAGAAGCUGAAAUUGAUAAUGACCCUUUUAAACUGAAGACCGGAGGGGUUGUAGACAUGAAGAAAGUGAAAGACAGGAACAGAGACAUGACAGAAGAUGAGACAGAUCUCAACCUGGGCACGUCAUUUUCAGCUGAGACUAACAGAAGAGACGAGGAUGCAGACAUGAUGAAAUACAUUGAGACAGAGCUAAAAAAGAAGAAGGGCUUGGUGGAGGCUGAAGAACAGAAAGUGAAGGUGAAGAAUGCUGAAGACCACCUGUAUGAGCUGCCUGAGAACAUCCGAGUCAACUCUGCCAAAAAGACAGAGGAGAUGUUGUCAAAUCAGAUGCUGAGUGGGAUCCCUGAAGUUGAUCUUGGCAUUGAUGCAAAGAUAAAGAACAUCAUCCAGACAGAGGAAGCCAAAGCCAAGCUUAUAGCAGAACAGCGGAACAAGAAGAAAGACCACGGCACAUCAUUUGUUCCCACUAACAUUGCUGUCAACUAUGUCCAACACAACCGCUUCUACCAUGAGGAUGUGAAUGCACCACAGAGGCACCACAGACACAGAGAAGAGCCUAAAGCAAGACCACUGCGUGUUGGUGACACAGAGAAACCAGGACCAGAGGCUUCGUCACCACCUAACUACCGCAAACGUCCAAACAACGAAAAGGCCACAGAUGACUACCACUAUGAGAAGUUCAAGAAGAUGAAUCGAAGAUAUUGACGCACCUUGUUUUGUUUCGUUUUUUUUAAAGUACAAAACAUGUCAGCUUUAGAGAUUGAGCCAUAAUGACAAUUUGCAGACAGUAGUUUUCCUAAAAGCUGUUAUUGGCAGAGCUCCUAAGCUGGUAUUGUACCAUGCAAUUAUUGUACAUAGCUCCUGUUCGUUUUCUGCAUUUCCUACAUAAUGUGUUAUGUUAGAUGAUAAUUUUACUUAACCCAUCAUUUAAUGUGGCUCAUUUUGCUCAGGAUUAUCUGAUGACUAAGAAACAAGAUGAAAAAGACCAGAGUAUGUUAAGGUCCCUCUCCAUUAAUUUCUCAAACUUCUAAGUUAUCAAAAUUACACAUUUAGAAGUUUUAUUGCUAGAAAAUAUUUCUCUCCUGCCUAGAUGUGUUUCUUCUAGUAUGUGCAGAUCUAUAAAGUCCCUGCCUCAAGCACACCAGCUCACUCUAUGUUGCACAAGUUGUAAUAUUGGAGUAAUUCAACCACGUUUGUACUGGAAGUCAGUUAUGUAGGAAAGUAAUAAGUCAGCUCCACCUUACACAAUAACAGGACUGGUUUCCUUUGAUUUGUUUUGUAUAAAGUCUGAAUCUGUGUUUUUGAGACCGUCAUUGGUACACUGCAGCUUCAAGGUGAAAAUGCCCAGCAAACUUCAUCUUUCACUCAUGUUUUUAAGCAUAUAAAACAACAUGUAAAUGUCCACACAGUAAAAACUUCAUUGGAUAGGUCUUUAAGGAAUACUGACUGCACAUGGAAAUAGUCACACUGAGUGGUAUUCCUUGAACUGUUCAUUGAGGUCACUGUCAAGUCUUGUAGUCAUAGGUUUGUGUUUUUCAGACUUUCAGAAACAGAUUUGAUUAAAAAGAUAAAACCCAA